AUGAAGCUCGCUCCCUUACUCUGGCUAUGCCUCCUGAUACCAGUGAUGGCCACCCGUAACCUCAUGGCCACGUCUCUCGUCACAUGUAUGGAAAACUCGCAGAUCUCGCCCUCCUAUUUCAACGUCACAUUCAAUGCCGAUGACGGGUCAUUACGAUACAACUUGGAUUUGGACACGGAAAUCUCGGGAAACGUCACCGCACACAUCCAGGUCUAUGCAUACGGAUUCGUCAUCAUCGACAGAACUUUCGACAUGUGUAACUUGGGCUGGAAGCAGUUCUGUCCCUUGUACCCAGGGUCCUUGCAGAUCUCAUCGAUCGAGUACCUUUCGAAGUCGGUGGUCAACCAGGUUCCUGGAAUCGCAUUUACGGUUCCUGACAUCGACGCAGUGGUAAAAGUCGACGUUUACGAUAAUGUUUCGGGUGACAGAAUCUCUUGUCUCCAGAGUGCGUUCUCUAAUGGUAAGACUGUGUCUCAGACCGGAAUCAGAUGGGCUACAGCCUGUAUUGCCGGUUUGGGUUUGCUUGUGUCUGCAUUCUUGUCUACGUUCGGAAACUCUAAUGCAGCAUCGCACAUCGCCACAAACGCUGUUUCGUUGUUCUUCUACUUCCAGUCGGUGGUCAUCGUCUGCAUGCAGAGUGUGGAUCGUGUUCCUCCAAUCGCUUUGGCUUGGUCAGAGAACUUGGCUUGGUCCAUGGGCCUCAUCGAGGUACCUUUCAUGCAGAAGAUCUUCCGUUGGUACAUCCAGAGCACUGGUGGUACUCCCACCUUGUACUUCAGAAAUACUACCCUGCAGAUUCUUGUGCAAAGAUCCAUGAAAGCCAUCCAAACUGUUCUGGACUAUGUAUCCAGCUUGCCGGUCGUCUCUCAAAUGAAGAGGGAUCUUACCUUCCACUUGAAUUCUAACAAAAACUUGAUCAUCCUCAGAGGUAUCAAAAGAGUCGGUUUUGCGGCUCACAUUGAACCCACAUCGAUCGUGGUCACCGGUUUCACCUUCUUUGUGCUUUUUGGUUUUGUCCUUGUAGCCCUCCUCGUCUUUGUGCACUCGGCGACGGUUUUGUUGGUCAGAACAAAGACCAUCAACCCAAACACCUUAUCCCAUUUCCGCAAAAUGUUCCCUGCCAUUUUGAAGGGUACCAUCCUCAGAUACGUGUACAUUGGUUUCAUCCAGCUUGUUAUUUUGUCCUUGUGGGAGUUCGUGGAGAGAGAUUCACCGGCUGUUAUCGUUAUUGCCUGUGUGACUCUUGUCAUGUCCCUUGGACUUGGCGCUUUUGCAUGCUGGAACACUUAUAUCCAUGGCUCCAGAUCUAUUCAAAAGUACAAAAACCCUGCUGCAAUUUUGUAUGGUGACUCCAAUGUCUUGCACAAAUUUGGUUUCAUCUACACCAUGUUCAAUGCUAAAACUUACUGGUUCGGAGCUGUUGUAUUGACAUACUGUUUUAUGAAGGCUAUUUUCAUUGGUUUGGUGCAAUCUUCUGGCAAGGUCUCCUCGAUUCUUUUGUUUGUACUCGAUUUGGCUUACACCGUUCUCUUGUUUGUUUACAAGCCAUUCAUGAACAAGUCUACCAAUAUCCUUAAUUACUGCAUGUCUAUUGUUGUGACUAUCAACUCCCUUCUUUUCAUGUUUUUCUCAUCAGUUUUUGGACAACCAGAGCUGGUAUCCUCGAUUAUGGGUUGGAUCUUUUUCAUUCUUAAUGCUGCAUUCUCGCUUAUUUUGUUGGUCAUGAUUUUGGUUUUGAUCGGACUUGCCCUUACAUCCAAGAAUCCAGAUGCAAGAUUUGCCCCUGCUCGUGACGACAGAACAUCGUUCCAAAGAAUGUCUUCUCUCAAGCACAGUAAGUCCGAAAAGGCAUUAUCUGCAGAGGCUCGUACUAAGAAUGAAUUAUUUGCUCUAGGUGCUGCCGCACAGCUGCAUCAAGAAGGUUGGGAGGAAGACAUGUACAGACUUCAAGACAUGUCGAAGAACUCAGAUGACACCUCCACCCCUGAUUCAACGCUAGAGAAAGCUGAACAAAGACCACUCUCGGAUGGUAGUUGGAGACCCGAUAAUGAGUUUUUAGAUCCAGAUCUUUCAUUCGAGGAGCCCAGAAGUCAAUCUAUUGGCGGAAAAAUCAAAGACUCCCUCACACGCAAGCUUUCAACUAAAAAAUCUGGUAGUGGACUCAAUCCAUCCACCAACGGCCAUGCAAACGCAGCUGACUCGCAGUUUCAGGGCCCCAAAUCCGUUUCGCAAACACCUUUAGUCCGUGGUCGCGCAGACUCUGAUGUUUCGUCAGUACAAUAUUCUCAGUAUUCUGAUAAUGUUCCAUCGAAACCUCACGGUGUUAUUUAA